GCUCCAUUCUCUAUUUUCUCUUUGUCCUGUCCUAUCUAUGGUCAAUUGUCAUUUUGUCGCUUGCUUAUUCACGCGCCCGCUAAAUAUUUAGCCAAAAUAAACGUUUUACUAAUUAUUUAGUUCUAAUUUAAGCACAAAUUAUAUCAUAAUGGCGUCCACAUCCAAGCCACGCUCUGAAAUGACUUUGGAAGAGUUAUCUAAGAUUGAGGAUGAAGAAUUCAGCACUGGUCCUCUUUCAGUGCUUACACAGUCUGUAAAGAACAAUACUCAAGUCCUUAUAAACUGUCGUAACAACAAGAAACUUUUGGGUCGAGUAAAGGCGUUCGACCGGCAUUGUAACAUGGUCCUUGAAAAUGUAAAGGAAAUGUGGACUGAAGUACCAAGAACAGGCAAAGGGAAGAAGGGCAAAGCUGUAAACAAAGAUAAGUUCAUCUCAAAGAUGUUCCUCCGUGGUGACUCCGUGAUCUUAGUGCUAAGGAAUCCACUGGCAACUGCGGCGGGCAAAUAGAUACUAAGUUUAGUUAAUUAAGAUUUCCACUUCAUUUAAUAAAGUUUUGCUAAGUA